AUGAGGACUGAAAGGGCUCGGAGAAGAGAAGACACUCAGGCUCGCGACCCCCGCAGAGUCUUCGCACUACAACAAUUGGCUCCUAGAACACAUGGGAGUGUCGAGGUUGGAAUUCCAAAGCCACGCCUUGCCUAUGAACUAGCAGACAAAACAUUAGCAAGGUUGCAGAGCUCACCAUUCGUUCUGAUAAUGGAGAACGCACCAUUACCCUCAGGCUUCCAUCAGCCUAAAUUCACAACUUAUGAGGGGAAGUCAGACCCCUACAUGCACUUGAGCCAUUUUCGCCAAGUUAUGGCCGUGUAUCGACGAAACAAGCCCUUAAUGUGUAUCAUGUUUCCGUCUAGCCUUGGCAACAUGUGUUUAACAUGGUUUGAAAGGUUACCAGAAGGUAGUAUAGCUUCAUGGGCACAACUAGCAGAGGCAUUUGUAACCAGAUUCAGAAUAAACACCAAGACGCCAGUGGAGAUUAACCAGCUUCUCUCCAUCGACAUAGGCGAGAAAGAAACGUUGAAGUCUUACAACAAUAGGUAUUGGGAGACCUUCAACCAAGUAACAGAUUGUCCUACCAACCUAGCUAUUGCACAGUACAAGCAAGGUCUGCUAUUGGGUCAUAAGUUGAGAGAUUCAAUGACAAUGACACCGCCUCUUGCUAUGAAGGCCCUGAUUGAGCGAGUGCACCAACACAUCUUGGCAGAGAAAGAUGGGAUGCACACCAAGGCAAAGUUUGAUACAAACAGCGAUGUCAGAUAG